AUGACUCACGAAAUUUUCAACUAUACCUUAGAUCAACUCGUUGAAUUAGAAAAAGGUACCACAUUCACCGAAUUCAGUCCAGAAAUUGCUUGGAAAUUAGGAUCUUUCGCUCGUGAAUAUGCCCUAGAAAAAUUCCCUCACAGAGCAGUUGUAAUUGAUAUCACCUUAAGUACUGGUCAUUGCUUAUUCCGUACUGCAACUCUCCCAGGUACUUCUGUUGAUAAUGAUAAUUGGGUUCAAAGAAAAGUUAAGUCAGUUUUCAGAUUUGGAAAAUCAAGUUUCUUUAUGGGACAAGAUUUAAGACUUAGGGGGGAAACUUUGGAAAGUUUUUUCUUUGUUUCUCCUAAAGAAUUCUCGGUUCAUGGUGGUAGUAUUCCGAUUAGAGUUAAUGCUCAUGAUGCUGUUAUUGGUGCUUUGACUAUUAGUGGAUUAACUGAAGAAGAAGAUUAUUUAUUGGCUGUUGAAAUCGUUAAGAAAUUCUUGGCUGAUUAUGCACAUGAAACAUUAGACUACUACAUUAAACAUCCCAAUCUGUUAAGUAUCUUAUUUGAGGAAUUACAAACUGGGAUCCAAAGACCAGAAGUUGACACAUAUGCAGAUGACUACGUCGUCCUUUCAAUUCUAAUCAUCUUAUUAGAUUCUCAAGAUUGGAUAAACAUCACAAACAAAUCUACAUCCAAUAAGAAUUUGAUUAUGGAACAUGUGAACAAACAUCAGCGAACGAGAAUGGGAAAAAAUUGUAUAAGAAUAAGAGAUAUAUUACCGGGUUAUCGAUUCAAGAAAUUGCCAUUCGGUGUUUAG